ACGGAUGAAAGAAGAAGAAGAAGAAGAGAGCGUGACGGGGAAAUGAGGAAGUAGCGUUCUGUCUGAUCCUGCUGUCUGUAGAAGCUCUUUAUUUCUAUUUCCCCCAACACUGUUUAGAGUCCAGAAUGUCUAAGAAUACAGUUUCUGACCGCUUUAGGAAAGUAGACGUUGAUGAAUACGAUGAGAACAAGUUUGUGGAUGAAGAAGACGGAGGAGAAAACCAGGGAGGUCCCGACGAGGCGGAGGUGGACUCUCUUCUCAGACAGGGGAACAUGAAUGGAGCUCUUCAUGCUGUGUUAAAGAACCCGCCAAUCAACUCCAAGAACCAGAAUGCCAAGGAGCGAGCGGAGCUGCUGGUGGUCAGAGUGCUGAGCAGCUUUAAGAGCAGCGACAUAGAGAAGGCUGUCGGCUCUCUGGACAAAGCUGGAGUCGACCUGCUAAUGAAAUACAUCUACAGAGGCUUUGAGAAACCUUCUGACAACAGCAGCGCCGUCCUGCUGCAGUGGCAUGAAAAGGCUCUGGCAGUGGGAGGAGUCGGCUCCAUCGUCCGUGUCCUGACCGCCAGAAAGACGGUCUGAUGAUCCAGAACCUUCAGAGUCCAGUCAGUUCUGGUUCUGGACAUUUAUUUUCUACUGUAGCUCAGUGUCUUCCUCCGAUCUUCCCUCUGGAUUCAGAAGUUCCUGCAGGAAGGUGCCGGCACCUCCUUCUGCUUCACUCUGAGGCAAAGCAAAACAAACAGAAGUGCUUUCAGCUUCAGCUUUCCUCCUCCUCUUACUCUCCUCCUCUUCUCUGACUCCUCGCAUCCCUCCUCCUUCCCCUGACUCCUCCAGUUUGUAAAAUGAGGGUGGAUUGUCAUUGGGACCAUAUAUCGCCAGGCGAUCAGCCGGAUUGUUUGGUGAGAACGACCCUUUUAAACAUGAGGGUGGAACAAACCAAUCAGAGUGGGUUUGCAGAUAAACUUAAAAAAUGUUCCAACUGGAUAAAACAUGUGAUGUGUGGCCUUUAUUUAUGUUUUUUUACUGCUUAUUUUCAAAGUUUGGUGAUAGGGAAGAGGGAUAUUAAGAGGAAUAAGUGUGAACGUUUGUAUGUUUGCAGCUCUUUUUGUGUGUGUGUGUGUGUGUGUGUUGCCAGAGACCUCACAGAUGUCUGCAGAUCUGUUAAAGAUUUCACUUUUUGUAAUAAACCUUUUUUAUUACUCAUCA